AUGAACUACUAUAUUCUUGAAAAUUUACUGUUCUACAGAAAAGCAGAUCUGAUUGCAGGUGCUAGGCAGAGUCAAGACACAGAAAAUGAUGAAGAGAACACUGUUGACUCGAGUGGAAAUACGGAGGGUACGGCGAUGGUUGACCAUAGUGAUAAUCAACCUGGAGGUGAGGAAGUAGGGGAAAAACCUAAGAAGCACGAAGAGUCUUUGCAUGCAGAUACGAAAGAAAGUAAGAGGAGCAGAACUAGUGGAAAGCAAGGCAGCGAUAUUCUCGAAAACAAAAAUAUGAACGAUCUACAGCCGUACCUCGAGGGCUUUUCUGUAUCUGAAGAUGGUGCUGACCUUUCGGCAAUUGCUGAGUUUCCAAAUGACAUUCAUGAAGAAAGUCAGCAAAAUGCAAGUAUAUAUGGGCAGAAUAAUGCGCAGUCAAUCAAUGGAAAUGAGAGCGACAACGAUUUUGAGAGCCCAAAUUCGAUUUGA